AUGGAGGCCAAAUUCAAGCAAGAAAUUCAGCAGCUUGCCCAUCUUUCAUCAUGCCUCGACUCAUCUGCUUCACCUCUAGAUGAUGUAUAUCGCUGGAGAAACGCAAGAUGUCUCAAUACAAACCAUCAAGCUCAUCGAAGAUGUCAUCCUCGAUCAGGUCGUCCACAUGGUAUAGCUCAUCCACCCGUCCCCUAUCCACACCUAACAGCUUCACAGCUGAAGACCGCAAACGACCUCGCCAGCCGCCGCGGCUCCCGCGUCUUCUCCAACAACGACCUGAUCUUCCAGUUCCGCCACGACACCGCCCGCGUAGAACGCCUGCGCACCUUUCUUACCUGGAAAGCCAUCCGCAAGACUGUCAAAGACUCGGACGACAAGGAGGGCUUCGUCGAUGAAGCAGACAUGGAAGAAGCCGCACCAACUGACGAGGCACCCGCAGCCAAAGGCAAGUUUCCUACCGUCUCCCUCCCGUGGGAUGUGUCUUCGUUCUUCUCGGAGCAGGUCGCAGAGGCGCCGGAGGACAUCACCGACAUCACCAGCAGCGAGGCCGCGCUGGAGAAGCUUCGGAGGAACGACGAGCGAACAAGGGACAUGACUGUGGCCGAGUACGCCACUUGGUCUGAGUACCGCCACGCAUCGCUCACCUACCGCAAAGCGAAGCGCUUCAGGGAGUGGUGCGGGCUAGGCGUCAUCGCGGAGAACAAGCCCAACGACGAUGUCAUGGACAUCCUGGGUUUCUUGACUUCUGAGAUGGUGCAGAGUCUCACCGCCGAAGCGUUGAAAGUGCAGGGCCAGGAGCUGGCGUAUCUUGAUGGCCAAGUCGGCACCGAGAGAGUGCAGAAGCGGCAAGGGGGUUUGUUUUCGGAACCGGAAGGGGCGAGGAAGCCGGUUGACUCGAGGCAUGUGAGAAUGGCUUUUCGGAAACUGCAAGGACGACCGAAGAAGAGUCGAGCACUGUUGAAUGGGACAAGACUUGCGUGGACAUCCGGACUGAAGCUGGUAGGUGCGGAUUUCUGGAACUGGGCUGAGGGUAUGCUAAUGUCUGCAGCUAUGAUCGGAAUGAGGUUCUGCAUGAACCAUCAUGGCUUACAGCGAGUAACAUGCGAUUAUUUGACGUUCUCAUAG